AUGCAGAGGUGGCACCCACCAGGGUGCAAGGAAGGGACCAAACAGCCGUCGUUCAUAGAUAUUCUGUGCGUGGCUUUACCCUCCUGCUCAGUCAAGGUCUGUGCAUGCCUCUCAGAGGGAGCGGACAGGGUCAUGGAUGACACCGUCUCUGACAAACGUGACAGCACAGCUGGGCUGCCUAAUGACAGAGGAUCUGGCCCAGCACGGGCCAGGACACUGCGCAGGAAGAGAAGAGGGGCAGCAGCCAUGUUGGACGGGCAGAUGUUCAGCACAGAAGACAGCUGCACUACAGGGACUCUCAGCUUUUCUCCUCUCAGUAAUUGA